CGAAGGCAGUGAUGAAAGAAAAAUUGGAAAAACCGUCAAAACGGAGAAAACUCCAACUUAUGUGGGCGUUCUGGUCCGAAACUCCGCCCAUAUUUUGUAAGGGUAAAUAUUUAGCUGCUAUUUUUAGCUGGUCGCGUGACCACAGGGAAGAUCAUGCCCCAAGUAAACAUUCGGUAGCUGUGAGGAUAGAAUGCUUUUAUCCUUUCCUCUCCUAGGAAUUGUGGAUGACACAUUUCCUCCAGCGAAUUUUAUGAUUCAGGUAUCAACAUUUCGUCUAUCACGAAGUCUUCUAAAACUGAAAGCAUUUUAACUGGAUCAGUUCAGGUGAACAGGCAGUAGCAGUGAGACACGAUUUUUAAGUUCAAUACGACCACUUAAAUAUUUAACUUAACUUUUCACCUAUUUGUACGUUACUGGAGAAAGUAACCUACUUCCUCUUUUCUAAAUCAUUUAAGACACAUUUCGACAUCAAAUCGAAUUAUAAACUGCAUACGCCAUAAAUUUAGUGAGAGGGAACAGAUGAUUUUAUCAACUCAGCAUUUUACUGAUACUAUUUUAUCGCCCCUGGAAGGAUGAAAUGCAACGUCAACCUUAGGACUAUAGCUGGAAUCAAGAAUUCAAUAUGAAUACCAAAAUAGCACUGUUAGUUGACACAACAUCGAUUAUAAAAUAUUCCCUCCAAGCAGACCUUUAUAGCCUCUGUGAUAAUUUGUCAGCUGAGGAUUGUUCAUUGCAUAUUUAUCUUCUUGGACAAGACUCAGACAACAAAGACAUUACACAAAUAAAUGAAAAAUUAAAGAAAUAUUCCACCAUGAUGCAAACUUUCUAUUCAGAAAGUAAUCCUGAACUGCUAUUUCUUGCAAAGAGGCAUCUUGAUGAUAGAAACUUUGAAAGCAUCUUUAUAACAUCUAGUAAUGAUAAAAUUCACAUGUGGAAGGCUCUCACCAAUAUUUUAAUGACAGCACGUCAAUAUGAAUUUUCUUUUAAAACCCUAGGAGAAGCUUCUGAAAUAGAGCCAGAAAUUGAUUUAAAGCGUUUACAAGAAGAAUGCCGUGAAAUGCUAAAAACCAUUAAUACUAAUGAACCAAUUCGAAUUAUAAAAUCUCCUCUGAUUCCAAAAGACAUAUUUUACCAUGGUUACUCAACUCGUACUGGUGGGAUAUCUAGCAUAGCAGGAUUGAAAUCCCUUAACCUUCUAUAUAUUACAAAGAAAAAAGACCCAAAAAUUGUAAUAGAAGAAAAUGUCCGCAGAUUAGCAGAAGCAGGAAAUUUCAAACCUGAAAGUUUUACAACGCCUUUAGUUGAUCAUGGAAAUAUUGUAUGGCAAACUGGAACACCAAAACCUGAAGUUUAUGAUGGUGUGGUAACUGUAGAGCAAGGAAUUACUUUAGCUGCACCUGGAGCCGACUGUUUAGACCUAAUUUUUGCAGAUCCUAUCAAGAAAUGUUGUGGUGUAGCCCACAGUGGCUGGAAGGGAACUGUAGCAGAGAUAGCAAAAGAAGUCAUUAAGAAAAUGACUGAACUUGGUUCAAAUACUCAAGAUAUUUUGGUUACACUUGGUCCUGCAGUGGAAGGAUGCUGCUUUGUACUUGAUACUAAAGCUGCUCAGAAAUUUAAAGAUAUAUCAUUAUCAGAAUGCCUGAAAUAUAAUGAAAAAGAUGAUAAUUACCAUGUAGACUUGUUCAAAGCCAAUCUUAAGAUCCUUGAAAGAAAUGGCAUAUUACCUGAAAAUAUUGAUUCAACAACUGCAACAUAUUGCACUGUAUGCAACCCAGAUUUAUUUUUUUCUUGCAUAAGAGACAAAACACCUUUUGGUAAUCAGUUUGGAUUCAUUGGUAUACAUGCUUGAAUUAAAUAGUCAUAUAGGAUCAAUUCCAAUUUUAUUAUCAAAUCCAUCCUCAUUUUAUCCAUAAUUAACUUAAUUAACUUCAUCUUAUCUGCUGUGGUAUUGGAGUUUUGUCAGAUAACAUGUCUUUUAAUAAAAUUUAAUAAAAAUCUGUUUUGCAAAAAAAAAAAAAAUGAUGGUAUUCCCUAUUUGAUAUUUUUUUUAUAUAUGAAUAAAUUCUCUCUCUCUCUCUCUCUCUAAAACAAUUUCUUUCAAUAUCUUAUAAAAUUACAGUGGCAGAGGUUGUCUGUAAAAUACAGGUGAUAAGUUUUGUGGUUCGGAGAAAAUUGUUUAAAGGUUCAGUGACAAAAUAAGUUUGGGAACCGCUACUAUAGGUAAUAAAUGAAUGUGUAGCAAUUUUGCCUUAACACAUUCCUUAAAUGACUUAAUUAUUAUAUCACUUCUUAUUUUUACCCCGUGAGUUCUCCACCUAUAUGUAUCCUCGGGUAAGUAUUGGUCUUUUCCCUCAGCUCAUAGAUGUCACCAUGGUCACUGAUGCAUUGAACUUUGUUCACCAGUGCACCAUUCUUCUGGAAACGCUAUGGACAAGAUUUUGUGAUGAGAAUGUCAUGUUGCAAGCCUGUGUUUGUUGCAUCAAGCAAAAAAAUAUUCAGCAAACUUUGCUGUUUGAAGACCUGACUCCAUACCACAAUGAUGCAACACUGUCUGACACUCUAUGUUGUUAUGCAUGUACAUGAAAACUUGUACAAUGAAAACACAGGUCUUUUCUGUUUGGCUGCCAAGGUCAAUUUCUGUUCAAAUUGAUUUCAUAUUCAGUGUAAUGGUACACUUUUAUAGGCUAAUCAAUGCUAUGAAAAUUAUUUUUGCCAUAAAUCAUUAAUUAAAAAGUUAUUAGCUACUAAAAUUUGAAAAUUUUGGGUAAUUUUAACCAAUCAUAAGCCACAGACUCAUUCAUGCCUGUUUCCAUAGUAACUAGCUGAACAUGAGAACUCUUUUGUUUGCAAGAAAGCACGUGUUGACACCACUUGUUGAUGCUAUGUUCUACUGUUUUCCUAGCCUGGAAAUUUUACCAAUCUGUUUUUGUUUUUAAAUAAAUCUUAUAAGUUUGUGCUAUAAGUCUAUUUUGAGAAAUAUUUAAUUUGUAAUAUGCUGUUUAUCACAUUAAAUGCAUAUUGAAUGCUUAAAACUACAAAA